GGCGGCCCCGCGCGCCUGCGCAGGACGCAGCAGCGCGCACGGGCGGCGGGAGGAGCGCGCGCGGGUGCUAAUUGGCCCGGGUGGCGGCCCCGCCCGCGAGUGGUGGGCGGUCACGUGACGCGACGGCUGGGGGCUCCCGGCGCGGGGGACGCUGGUGGCCAAGAUGGCGGCGGAGCUGGUGGAGGCCAAAAACAUGGUGAUGAGUUUUCGAGUCUCCGACCUUCAGAUGCUCCUGGGUUUCGUGGGCCGGAGUAAGAGCGGACUGAAGCACGAGCUCGUCACCAGGGCCCUCCAGCUGGUGCAGUUUGACUGUAGCCCCGAGCUGUUCAAAAAGAUCAAGGAGCUGUACGAGACUCGCUACGCCAAGAAGAACUCGGAGCCUGUCCAACAGCCGCACCGGCCCCUGGACCCCCUGACCAUGCACUCCACCUACGACCGGGCCGGCGCUGUGCCCAGGACUCCGCUGGCAGGCCCCAAUAUUGACUACCCCGUGCUCUACGGGAAGUACUUAAACGGACUGGGACGGUUGCCUGCCAAGACCCUUAAGCCAGAAGUCCGCCUGGUGAAGCUGCCCUUCUUUAAUAUGCUCGACGAGCUGCUGAAGCCCACCGAGUUAGUCCCCCAGAACAACGAGAAGCUUCAGGAGAGCCCGUGCAUCUUCGCGUUGACGCCAAGACAAGUGGAGUUGAUCCGGAACUCCAGAGAACUGCAGCCCGGAGUUAAAGCCGUGCAGGUCGUCCUGAGAAUCUGUUACUCAGACACCAGCUGCCCUCAGGAGGACCAGUACCCGCCCAACAUCGCUGUGAAGGUCAACCACAGCUACUGCUCAGUCCCGGGCUACUACCCCUCCAACAAGCCUGGGGUGGAACCCAAGAGGCCGUGCCGCCCCAUCAACCUCACCCACCUCAUGUACCUGUCCUCGGCCACCAACCGCAUCACCGUCACCUGGGGCAACUACGGCAAGAGCUACUCUGUGGCCCUGUACCUGGUACGGCAGUUGACCUCGUCAGAGCUGCUGCAGAGGCUGAAGACCAUUGGGGUGAAGCACCCGGAGCUGUGCAAGGCGCUGGUCAAGGAGAAGCUGCGCCUCGAUCCCGACAGCGAGAUCGCCACCACAGGUGUGCGGGUGUCCCUCAUCUGCCCGCUGGUGAAGAUGCGGCUCUCCGUGCCCUGCCGGGCAGAGACCUGCGCCCACCUGCAGUGCUUCGACGCCGUCUUCUACCUGCAGAUGAAUGAGAAGAAGCCCACCUGGAUGUGCCCCGUGUGCGACAAGCCAGCCCCCUACGACCAGCUCAUCAUCGAUGGGCUCCUCUCGAAGAUCCUGAGCGAGUGUGAGGACGCCGACGAGAUCGAGUACCUGGUGGACGGUUCGUGGUGCCCGAUCCGCGCCGAAAAGGAGCGCAGCUGCAGCCCGCAGGGCGCCAUCCUCGUGCUGGGCCCCUCGGAUGCCAACGGGCUCCUGCCUGCCCCCAGCGUCAACGGGAGCGGUGCCCUGGGCAGCACGGGUGGCGGCGGCCCGGUGGGCGGCGUGGAGAAUGGAAAGCCGGGCGCCGACGUGGUGGACCUCACGCUGGACAGCUCAUCGUCCUCAGAGGAGGAGGAGGAGGAGGAAGAGGAGGAGGAGGAGGAGGACGAAGAGGGCCCCCGGCCCAAGCGCCGCUGCCCCUUCCAGAAGGGCCUGGUGCCGGCCUGCUGACCCCGGCCGCACACUCGACUUUCCUGGUGCUCACCACGCAGAGGGCGCGGGCCAGCCUCAGGGGCAGAGGGAGGAGUGACCUUUCUUUUUCUUUUUUCUUGUCGUUCCUUUUGUUUUUCCACCCCUUUGCCUGGCUCCUGGCACCUGUACCUCUGGACUCUCCUAUGGGGGAUUAAAAAAAAAGUAAAAUGACAAAAAAAGAUACAAAAAAGAAAAAUGAAACAAAAAAGUCAAACUCUUAAAAACAAGGCCGGCCACCCACACAGCCGCCUCCCCGGCUGGAGUCCGAGCCGGGAAGGGGUAGUGGGCGGGAGGGACCAGGACGCUGCCCCGUGCCCUCCCCUCCGGAUGCCCAGCUGCCCGCCGCCCUCUUCCCACGACCAUUCCAGCCGGUGCGCAGGGCCCCGGGCGGCGGGCAGUGGGGCACAGCCCCUCUCUGGCGACCACUUUGACGUGUGUCUCUUCCUUUGCUUUUUCUCUGCAAACACAUCCUCUCCCAGAGACCCUCACGCGCCGAGCAACGAGCGUUUUAGCCAAGAAGCCAUGGAGUGGGUUGGGGCAGGGGGGGGCAGUGGGGUGGGGGGAUGGGCGGGCAGGGUUGGGGGACGGUGGGCGGCUGGGGAGGGUUUAGCCACAGAUGUGUUGUAUUUUUUGAAAGUGCAAUAAUUUGGUAUUUUGAAGACCCGGCGUGUGGCCAGGAAGCCCCGGGGAAGGCGGGGGCCCAGGGUGCGGCACCGUGUGGCGUGGGGGGGUCUCAGUUUUCUAGCCAGCUACCUCGGUAACUCCAAUUCAGGUUAACUUCCCUACGGAACAGCACCGAUGUCCACAGAUGUCCACAGCUGCCGCCGCCGCCGCCACCGUACCCCAGUCCUUGGGGCACGGGGGGCGGUCGCUUCCCAAGGGGCAGCAGGGACUCCGGCCACCCCAGCUCUUCUUUGGGUUGAUUCCUCUCCUUUUUGCUCUUGGUUUUCCGACGGGUACGAGGCUGGCCUGGCACCCUGUCCCCCGGGAGCCUUGCUUUUCCAGCAGGACCAGAGCAGGGGCCUCCCUCCUGUCCCCGGGGGUUCCCGGCCCCUCACAGGCCCCACCCAUGCCCUUGGCCUCAGGGUCCAACAACUGGGGGCGCUUCCGGGGCUCUGCCUCCAGGAUCCCGCAGCUGGGCACCCCCCUCGCCCCCCCAGGAGACCGGGGCACAGGCAGGGCACCGGCCUCACCUGGUUCUCCAAACCUGCUGCCUGCGGUCUGUUUUGCUUUUGUCCUCCCCAGCCCAGAAUUUUCCUUUGUAUAAACAGAACUCCUAGUCAGGAAGCAAUAUCAUUUCAGGUCUAAAGAAAGGGACGUGCAUCUGGCCGAGGGCAGUUCAGUCUCGCUGCAGAGCCCGCAGCCCGCUGCGCAGCUCGGCCCCUCCCGCCCGCAUGGGCAGCUGAAGGCCGCUGUUUUCUAAUAUUUGUAUUCUAAUUUAAUUGUUUUUAAAAAAUGCAAAUAAAAAAGGUCGAGGUGAAGCCA